AUGACCAAGCGCUCGCCUUCCGACAUCAUAGAGUACGAGAGACCUGCCAAACGCUCGAAGCGUAUCCGGAUCGACUAUCUGUCGCAGCUGAGCGACGAAUUACUGCUGCGCAUCCUCUCUUUCGUCUCAGUAUCAGAGCUAUGUCUUACCCAAAGGUUGUCGCAACGGUUCAACGCUGUUGCAGGAGAUGCGCAACUCUGGAAGGCCCUUUACUACAAUCGCUUCGUUCGCCCCCGCGCUGCUCGACUACCCGGGUUACGGGACGGUGAAACUGCAUCGGGCCACCUCUACUUCUCCUCGAAACUAUCGAAAUGGCUGGAUGAAGAGAGCCUAGUAAGCAGAGGAAAGGAAACGGAUUGGAAGCGGCAGUACAAGCUUCGGCACAACUGGUCGAGGGGCAGCUGCGCCUUAAGUGAGAUACAGGUUGCCGAACAGCCUUCAGUGCCACCCUUGCUGGCCAAAUUUCAUGACGGUGUUGUUUAUACGGCGGACUCCCAAGGCGGACUCCAAGCGUGGAGAACCAAGCGGCAACGGAGGUUGAUGGCCAACGUCCAUUUCGCACCCGCAAACUGCCGAGGAAGCCCAGUUCCAACCUCGCUAGCCAUCGACACUCAGCGUGCCGUCAGUGGUGCUCAGCGAGUUCUCGUGGGCUUCAGCGAUGGGAGCUUCACUGUCUUUGAGCUCCGACAGGAUGAGGGGUCGUUCGAACCCCUCUACCGCCAUCCAGCUUCAACCAAUGGCGCACUGUCCGCAGUCACAUACUCCUCGCCGUAUAUCCUCACCAUGACGGCAUCCCAACUUCUCUCACUCUACAAAUUCUCCACAGAGCCGGACGACAAGCGCGUUAAAGACGUUCUUGAUCCUCCUCGAUUGCUGUGUUCUUUAAUAUCGCAUACCGUGUGGCCACCACUAUCACUCUCUAUACGGCCAUCUUCUCAGAACAUAACAGCCUCGAUCGCGUAUGCAAUUCCUAGAUAUCCACGCGGAUGGUCCGUUGGGAUACAGGAGAUGCGCAUUACACUUGAUGGCGAUCUAAUCGAAUCACGACUCGCAUCCUCUGCGGAGGAUGCUUUCCGGCCUCUGACGCGUCCUUCCCCUGCGUCAUCUUCACCGUCUACUAGAUUGAGCUCGCCAGCUUCGUCACCUGGGUCACAUGAUAUUUACUCCAAGCCGACAUCGUUGUCCUAUACUCAUCCUUACCUUUUGGUAUCUCACCCCGACAACACACUUACGCUCUAUCUCAUUACGUCAACCUCAUCAACGCUUUCGAUCAGCUCGGGAAGCAGGCUGUGGGGUCACACCUCGUCGGUGUCCAGCGCUCAUGUUGGCGGGCGUGGGAAAGCGGUCUCGGUCAGCUCUCGAGGCGACGAGCUCCGCGUCUGGGAGCUUGAAGGAGGCAUGAACUCGUCAGCAAAUAGAAGGCGACUGAUUAGCGGCGAGCUUAGUGUUCAGAUAAGGCCAGAAAAGAAGGGGGUCAGCGGGGACAAGGAUCUGGACUCGCUAUCUGAUGCCAUAUCACAACGGGGUUCGGGACUGGGUCUGGCGCUAGAGGCUAAAGUUGAUGACUUGUCAACUACCAGAGGCUGGGUGGGGUUUGAUGACGAGAACGUUGUGGUGUUGAGGGAAAGGAGUAGGGGUAGUCAGACGCUGGUUGUGUACGACUUCACGUAG